CCCUGACCUAACUCCCACCGUUAACGCCUACUACAACCCCCCCAUUAAUGAAAUCGUAUUCCCCGCCGGUACACUCCUGCGCCCUUCUACGGAGCUGGUGUCCCGACUACUUGUACUAUGGUCGUAUCGGCGUGGUCCUCGUAUAUGAAUCGACUCAUGGGUUCGGUGACAACGGCCGUCACUACCGUGCAAACGGAGCGGUCGAAGACGGCUGGACCCAGACGACUGCGGCUGAGUUCGAACAGAAGACAGUAUGCUUCAAAGACCAAUGCUCGUCCUUCCAAGUCACCCGACGGCGCGAAGGCCAGCGUCGAUGGCGCGCAGACCUUUGGCGAGAACCUCGCUAACGACGGCGGUAUGGCCCAAUCCCUUAACGCCAUGUGGUCCAAGGAAUACAAGUCCGCCGACGGUGCCACCCGCAACCAGCUCCUCCCCGGAAUCACCAACACCCCCGGGGCAGCUGUUUUUCCUCCCCUUCACCAAGUCUGGUGCCAAAACAUCCAUCCCGAAGCCCUUUACGCUGCCGUCGCCUCCGACGCCCACGCUCCCGCCAGGUUCCGAGUUGCCGGAACUGUCGCCAACACUCCUGAGGUCGCCAAGGCGUUCCAGUGCAGUGCUGUUACUCUCAUGAACCCCGCCGAGAUGUGCAAGAUCUGCAAGAAGUGCAAGAAGUCAAUAGGACUUCCGUUUCCAUAAGGUUGACCCCUAAGACUAUACCAUUGACUAUAGACGAUAUACCUCCCAUACGCC